AUGGUGGAAAGUACGAUUCCUGUCUUCCACCGUCUGGCUAAAAUUUUAAUAGACUCCGGUGCUACCCAUUCUUUUGUCAACCCCGAAUUCAUGUGUGGAAUUGACAUACAACCUGUUAGUUUGCCUUAUGAUUUGGAAGUUAGUACUCCUACGGAGGACAAACGUUUGAUCGCUAGUAGGAUGUAUGCAAAUUGUGAAAUUUGGAUAGAAGAGAGAAAGCUUUUGGGGAAUCUUAUAAGUUUAGCUAUUAAGGGGUACGAUGUUAUAUUGGGUAUGGAUUGGUUAGCUAAGUACGAUGCCCAACUCGAUUGUAAGAGGAAAGUGGUAGAAUUUCAUAUACCGGGGGAGGUGACUUCAAGGCUAGAUAUAAGGGGUAGUCUAGCCUCAUCUGCGUUGAUUUCGGGUAUUCAGGCUAGGAAACUACUGAGUAGAGAGGCACAAGGGUUCCUAGCUUGUCUUAUAGGCACUCCCACUGAUAAGUUGAAGGUAGAAGAUGUAUCGGUAGUGAAUGAAUAUCCGGAUGUAUUCCCUGAUGAGUUAGAAACCUUACCUCCGGAUAGAGAAAUAGAGUUCAAGAUUGAUUUGUUACCGGGGACGUCACCUAUCUCUGAAACCCCAUAUCGGAUGGCAUCUGCGGAACUUAAGAAGUUGAAGUUACAGUUGCAAGAUUUAUUGGAACGAGGGUUGUGA